AUGCCUCUUAGCCGCACUUUGUCCAUGUCCUCACUGCCAGGACUGGAGGAUUGGGAGGAUGAAUUCGACAUGGAGAACACAGUGCUCUUCGAGGUGGCCUGGGAAGUGGCCAACAAGGUGGGUGGCAUCUACACGGUGCUGCAGACGAAGGCGAAGGUGACAGGGGAUGAGUGGGGUGACAACUACUACCUGGUGGGACCGUACACGGAGCAGGGUGUGAGGACCCAAGUGGAACUGCUCGAGCCCCCGACCCCAGCUCUGAAGAGGACGCUGGACUCCAUGAACAGCAAGGGCUGCAAGGCAUAUUUCGGGCGCUGGCUGAUCGAGGGCAGCCCCCUCGUGGUACUCCUCGACGUGGGGGCCUCGGCCUGGGCCCUGGAGCGCUGGAAGGGGGAGCUCUGGGACACGUGCAACAUCGGGGUGCCCUGGUACGACCGCGAGGCCAACGACGCCGUCCUUUUUGGCUUCCUCACCACCUGGUUCCUGGGUGAGUUCCUGGCCCAGAGCGAGGAGAAGCCGCACGUGGUCGCACACUUCCACGAAUGGUUGGCGGGCGUCGGGCUCUGCCUGUGCCGCGCCCGGCGGCUGUCUGUGGCCACCAUCUUCACCACCCACGCCACGCUGCUGGGGCGAUACCUGUGUGCUGGCGCUGUGGAUUUCUACAACAACCUGGAGAAUUUCAACGUGGACAAGGAAGCGGGUGAGAGACAAAUCUAUCAUCGCUACUGCAUGGAGCGAGCGGCAGCCCACUGCGCUCACGUCUUCACCACUGUGUCCCAGAUCACUGCCAUCGAGGCUCAGCACCUACUCAAGAGGAAACCAGAUAUCGUGACCCCCAAUGGACUGAAUGUGAAGAAGUUCUCUGCCAUGCAUGAGUUCCAGAACCUCCAUGCUCAGAGCAAGGCCCGAAUCCAGGAGUUUGUGCGGGGCCAUUUUUAUGGGCACCUGGACUUCAACUUGGACAAGACCUUGUACUUCUUUAUCGCCGGCCGCUACGAGUUCUCCAACAAGGGGGCCGACGUCUUCCUGGAGGCCUUGGCCCGGCUCAACUAUCUGCUCAGAGUCAACGGCAGCGAGCAGACGGUGGUCGCCUUCUUCAUCAUGCCGGCUCGGACCAACAAUUUCAACGUGGAAACCCUCAAAGGCCAGGCCGUGCGCAAGCAGCUUUGGGAUACGGCCAAUGCGGUGAAGGAGAAGUUUGGGAGGAAGCUUUACGAAUCGUUGCUGGUGGGAAGCCUCCCAGACAUGAACAAGAUGCUGGACAAGGAGGACUUCACUAUGAUGAAGAGAGCCAUCUUUGCCACGCAGCGGCAGUCUUUCCCCCCUGUGUGCACCCACAAUAUGCUGGACGACUCCUCGGACCCUAUCCUGACCACCAUCCGUCGAAUUGGCCUCUUCAAUAGUAGUGCCGACAGGGUCAAGGUGAUUUUCCACCCAGAGUUCCUCUCCUCCACGAGCCCCCUGCUCCCGGUGGACUAUGAGGAGUUUGUCCGUGGCUGCCACCUUGGGGUCUUCCCCUCCUACUAUGAGCCAUGGGGCUACACGCCAGCUGAGUGCACGGUUAUGGGCAUCCCCAGUAUCUCCACCAACCUCUCCGGCUUCGGCUGCUUCAUGGAGGAACACAUCGCAGACCCCUCGGCUUACGGCAUCUACAUUCUGGACCGGCGGUUCCGCAGUCUGGAUGAUUCCUGCUCGCAGCUCACCUCCUUCCUCUACAGCUUCUGCCAGCAGAGCCGGCGGCAGCGCAUCAUCCAGCGGAACCGUACCGAGCGCCUCUCUGACCUUCUGGACUGGAAAUACCUAGGCCGGUACUACAUGUCAGCGCGCCACAUGGCGCUGGCCAAGGCUUUUCCAGAGGACUUCACCUACGAGCCCCACGAGGCUGAGGCGACCCAAGGCUACCGCUACCCACGGCCGGCCUCAGUGCCGCCGUCGCCCUCGCUGUCUCGACACUCGAGCCCGCACCUGAGCGAGGAUGAGGAGGAUCCCCAGGACCGGCCACCAAAUGAAGACGGUGAGCGCUACGACGAGGAAGAGGAGGCUGCCAAGGACCGGCGCAACAUCCGUGCCCCAGAGUGGCCGCGCCGCGCCUCCGGCUCGUCCUCCACGGGCGGCGGAAGCAAGCGCGGCUCAGUGGACACGGUGCCUUCCAGCUCAGUCAGCACCCCCAGUGAACCCCUCAGCCCUGCCAGCUCCCUGGGUGAGGAGCGCAACUAGGUCCCCUACCCCACACUCCUCGCCCGCCGGGGCCUCGCUCAUCCCGAGGGCGGAUGCAGAACUGUGCUGCUCAUAACCCCCACUCCAGAUCCCGAACCUUCCACUGGAAGGUUCACAGCCCCGCCCCCUCCGCUAUACACUCCAGCCCCUCCAGCUCAGCUCUUGGAAUCCCCAACACUCCAGAAUCCACAACGCGGUGCCUUUCUUGGGUUCCAGAAUGUAUCAUUUGUGCCCUGGAGUCCCCUAGGCCUGGCCUGGGUCGGAGUGUCCAGGAAUCUGCCAUUGUCCCGUCAUGGUGCCAGAGGUUUUAGGAAACCCCGUCUGUUGCCUUCUAGAGCCCUUUGUGGCUUAUAAUUCUGCACCCUACUGAGCACACCCUGCUAAGGCCUUGCCUGGGGACCGCCAAGCCCUGGAAACCACGUGGUGUCCCUGGUAACGAGACAAUCAAGUCCAAAGCUGGAGCACUUUCAAAGACUUGAGUGCAGAAGGUCCUCUUUUUCAACUCCAGAACUGGGGCUCCAGGACAGGGCACUCAUGUUUUCACUCUGUUCUUGCCCUCCCUGGGGUAUCUGGCUCUGCCUGGAGGAUCCCUCUCCCACCUGCUUCCCUCCUCCUCCUCCACACUUCUGCCAAGCAAGGGAGGCGCAGAACCACUUGGCUUCUCAUUUCUCUUGGAGAACAUACGGUCUUGGUCCCCAUGUCCUUCUGGCCUUUUCUGGACCAGAUCCUACUCCUUCCGUGAGUCCGAUUUCUCUCCCUGGAUCUCGAGACUCCUGUGCCCUCUAGGGAGAAUCCCCUUGCUAAGGACAAAACUGGCUGUCUUCUACCCCCACAACCGCCAGGCCCACCAUGAAACCACUGGGUUCUAGGUCCUGGCUGGUGAGUCUAGAACCUUACCACUAAUGCUGCAUCCUGGUCCCCUUCCCAUGGUCUAGAACUGCGCCCACUGGGUUCUAGAACCUCCAUUUUUACCUCGAGGCUCUUCCAUCCCCAAGCUGUGCCCUGCCCCCAGCUUUGGUGAAAGGGAGGUGCCCCCUCACGCGUGCCGUGCUGUGUCUUAUGCACUUGGUUUGUAGUUGGGAGGGUGGGGGCAGAAAGGGUGUGAUUGAAGUGUGUGCGGAGAAGAAAAAAUACAACUAUAUUUAAGAAUCCCA